AUGACUUCCAAAUUCUGCUCGGCGUGCCUUCAAAAACUCCUCCUCUCUUCUUUUCUAGCAGAUCCCUCUGAUCCAAGUAGCAAGAUUCGUGCCACCUGUAUUCAUUGCCGGAAUCGAAGUGCUCGACUGCGUGAGAAGAAGAGGAAAGCUCUCUCGUCACUCGAUCUUAACGUGCCUUCGAAAAGACCGGCGAUUAGUCGUACGCUCGAGGCUCCUUCGAUCCCUCUUCCUCAUGGACGACCCGAAACCCGCUCGGAUACCUCUACACGCUCUCUCCCUCCACUCGAAUCACAGCCGCAACCUCCAGACGCUCUUUCGAUCCCUCUCUCUCAUGAACGAUUCGAAAUCCCCCCGGAAGCCGAAUCACGACCGCAACCUCCGCUCCCACCACCGACGGACUUCCUUCCGGCAGACCAAUGGAGGUUUAUCCAGGAAUUUUACAACGCCUUAGAUGAGGUCAAAAUGGAGUUCUGUCUUCGGUGUCGAGAACGGUGGUUUACGAUGAAUUUAAAGAACGAGAUCUGCCACACCUGUUUCUUGAGAGAUAAGAGUUCCCAUUCUCCUUUUCUGAUGUCGACGGAUAACGAAAUGGAUCCAGGCGAGAUUCCAGCCCGUUUACCGACCUUGACCCAAGUGGAAGAGAUGAUUAUUGCCCGUUCUCAUGUGCAGAUGUUGGUACAUCGAUAUCGAGGCCACCAGUAUCACUACUCCGGGCACUGUGUGAGUUUCAUGCAAAACAAUGUGAAAACGGUGAAUAUGUUACCCAAUUUACCCUCCGAGCUGGAUAUUGUCGUUGUUCGCCCGUCGAAUCAAGUAAUGGAGAAUAACCCCAGAUAUCAUUCCCAGUUUCGUGCUGAUUUCCGGGUCCGGAAAAGCCAUGUGGUAACUUGGCUUCGUUAUUUAAAGGCCAACCACCCCGAUUACCGAUACAUCACCAUUUCCCUGGACCGACUCGAAAGACUGCCGGUUGAUGAUGAUAUUUCCUCAUCGUUCCCCUCGAUCGUCGACGAGUCAAUCAUCGCGGAGGAGGACCCUGUUCCAGACACGUCCACGGGCCCAAACCCGCCAGUCCCGGCCGAUUUCCCCCCUACGAAUUCGCAAUCGAUGGUCCCUAAUCUCCAUGAUGAUACGACAGAAGUCGACCGGCUUCUGGCCGAGAUUUCUGGGCGUGCUUUGAUGCCUCCUGGCGUGCCAGCGCCAUCCAUUCGAUCGACCCCCCUCGAUGAGGCAGCUGGGAGAGAGCGGAUCUUUGCCAUGGCCUUCCCCACUCUCUACCCUACGGGUCGAGCCGAUUUUAACGCCGCCCGACAGCGAAAGGUUGAUUUAAAAGAUUACGCUCGACAUCUGAUGUGUUAUCACGAUGGGAGAUUCGGUCGACAUCCCCGCUGGCGGUUUUUGAUCUUUAACCUCCUGAUGCGUCGAAGGGCGAGCAAUUCGGCCCGUUUUUAUGUGUCGAAGGCGUCGGG